AUGUCGACCAUCCACGACCUCCACCCAACCAUCGCGGCCAACACCCCCGCCAUCGUCUCUGCACCAAUGCUCGGCAUCGCCUCCCCCAACCUAGCCGUCUCCGUCACCCGUGCCGGCGGCCUGGGUUUUAUUGGCGGAGGCUAUGACUCCACCAAGAUCGAAACCCUCCUCUCUGCCGCCGCAGACCUCCUCUCUUCCUCUCCAAUCUCAAGCUACAACAAAGCCGCCAACGACCCCCUCCCAGUCGGCAUCGGCUUUCUAAACUGGGGCGCAACGCUCCCCGACGCCCUCCCUGCCCUGCAGAAGCACACCCCGGCCGCAGUCUGGCUCUUCGCCGCCCCAGACCCAAACCCGCAAGACACCCUGGCAACCUGGUCCAGCGAGAUCCGCCGCGCAACAAACAACCGCACCCGCAUCUGGAUCCAAAUCGGCUCCGUCAAGGAAGCGCUCGACGUGGCUGAGAAAGCCAAGCCGGACGUCCUGGUCGUGCAGGGGAGUGAUGCAGGAGGCCAUGGCCUGGCGCGGGGCGCGAGUAUCAUCUCGCUGGUGCCGGAGACGAGAGAUGCCCUCGCCCAUGCUGGGUAUGGUGGAAUCCCGCUCGUGGCUGCGGGGGGCAUCUCGGAUGGGCGCGGGGUCGCCGCAGCGCUGUGCCUGGGCGCGCAGGGUGUGGUGAUGGGCACACGGUUCCUGGCGUGUUCGGACGCGGCGAUCUCGGGCGGUUAUCAGCGGGAGGUGCUGCGGGUGACGGAUGGCGGGGUAAGUACUGUGCGCACGACAGUGUAUGAUAUUAUGCGUGGGUACAAUGCGUGGCCGGAGCGGUAUGGUGGGCGCGGGGUGGAGAAUGUUACGGUCCGCGACCGGGAGGAGGGGAUGGAUGAUAAGGAGAAUCAGAAGCUUUAUCAGGAGGAGAUGAAGAAGGGCGAUGCAGGGUGGGGGCCCGAGGGGCGGUUGACGACAUAUGCGGGGACGGGGAUUGGGUUGGUAAACGAGGUUAGCACGGCGGGGGAGAUUGUGAGGGGUGCGGUGGCGGAGGCGAGGAAGGUGGUGGAUGGGGUUAACGAGGGUUUUGUAGGUUCUGCGAGUGAGGGAGGAUUUGGGAGGAGAAAAUGA